GUUCUCACUCCCAUUGUGUAUCCGGUUUCUGCAGUAACCAAUCAGUGUCUCCUCGGUUCCCGGUUAUAAGGGGCGCACGGACCCACUGGAACUCAGUCUCCCCAGACUCCAGUGAUCAUGCUAAUGGCUUCCCAGAUCCUCCUCUUGUUGCUCUCCGGGACCCUGCCCCUGACCCAGACCCGGGCGGGCUCCCACUCCCUGAACUUUCUCUUCACCGCCGUGUCCCGGCCCGGCGUUGGGGAGCCCCGCGUCAUCGCCGUCGGCUACGUGGACGACACGCAGUUCGGACACUUUGACAGCGACGCCGCGAAUCCGGGGUCGGAGCCGCGGGCUCUUUGGGUGGUGCAGGAGGGGCCGGAGCAUUGGGCAGAGCUGACGCGCAGAGCCAAGGACAUCGCACAGGCUCUCCGAGUGGGCCUGCAGGCCUUGCGCGGCUACUACAGCCACAGCGACACCAGUUCUCACACCAUCCAGGCGCUGUCUAUCUGCGAGGUAGGGUCGGACGGGCGCUUCCUCCGCGGGUACCGUCGGAUCGCCUACGACGGAACCGAUUACAUUGCCCUGAACGAGGACCUGCGCUCCUGGACGGCGGCGGCCGGCGCGGCUCAGAUCACCCGGCGGGAGUGGGAGGAGGCCGGUGAGGCGGAGCGCGUCAGAGCCUUCCUGGAAGGAGAGUGUGUGGAGUGGCUGCAUAGAUACCUGGAGAAAGGGAAGGAGACGCUGCUGCGAGCAGAUCCCCCAAAGGCAUAUGUGACCCACCACCCCAUCUCUGAUGGUGUGGUCACUCUGAAGUGCUGGGCCUCGGGCUUCUACCCUUCGGAGAUCACCCUGACCUGGCAACGAGAUGGGGAGGACCAGACCCAGGACACAGAGUUUGUGGAGACCAGGCCUGCAGGGGACGGGACCUUCCAGAAGUGGGCUGCCCUGGUAGUACCCUCUGGAGAGGAGCAGAGAUAUGUGUGCCUUGUGCAGCAUGAGGGGCUGUCUGAGCCCCUCACCUUGAGAUGGGGUGGUGACAGUGCCCAGGGCACUGAUGUGCCUCUCACAGAUUCUAAAGCGUGAGACUUCUGCCUUGUGUGGGACUGAGUGAUACAAAAUUUGUCCACAUCUCACUUCGCGACUUCAAGAACCCCUGUCUUAUCUUUCUGCAACCGGUGUCUGAAUGUGUCUGUGUUCCUAUCAGCAUAAUGGGACGAUGUGGGGAGACUAGCCCACCCCUGCCCAGUAGGACCCCCUCCCCACACUGACUUGUGUCCUUUCCCUGAUCAGCAUUCCUGUUCCAGCAGAGGCAGGGCUAGAACUUCUCCAACCCUAUCAUAACUUUGUGUUGUUCUGAGCUGAGCAGCUUCUCACUUCCCUAUUGAAAUUAGAAUCUGGAUAUGAUUUUUAUUCAAUUUCUUGCUAAGAGGUGGGGUUGAUGGGUUAUUUAAAGGGGAGAAAUACUCAAAAUUUGAGAGAGGAAAUAAAUGGAAGAUCUGAGAACCUUCCAGAAUUUGCAUCUUUGCUAUGCUGAUUCUGUCGCAAGUGGGGACAGGAGGAUGCUGUGGAGGAGCUGAGCGUGGACAAGGUCUGUGCCCCACGUGUGCACAUACACGUUUGCAUACGUGCAGAAUGUAUUCUAAAUUCUAAGCAAUUAUGAGACUGUUUGUAUAAGGAGUCUGCUGUCCAAUCUGACUGGGCCAUACACACAAAGACACUUUACAGAUUGUUGGCAAUCAAAAGGUGUUAUUAUUAUUUAUAAAAAGCAAACCAAAAAAAUAGGAACAUACUUGAAGUUAACCGGUCCCUUCCAUCCCCAUGAGUACCCCAUUUAGCAUUGUAGGAGAGGAACCCACUUAUGUCUAAAAGGGGGGCCCAUUUGCUCAUUCCAAAUUACCCAUAUCCAUUUUUGUGUGACUGGGUGGUCAUACUGUGAAUCAGGUGUUAGCAGCUAUGUAUUUCUCUAAGCAAGUGUGUCGCCAGCUCAGGUCAGGUGCAGCAUAACUGUGUUUUUCUCUCUCUGUCUCUCUCUGCAUUGUCUCUCUGUGGCUGUCCUCGGUUGGGUCUGGACCCCUGUGACACUGGUCAAACUCUCAACCAGCAGCUUUGGGGACAACCCUGAGCCAGUGCCAGGCUUAAGCUAGCAUUAUGACAACUCUUGAUGCAAAACUGUUUACAGGCAACACCUGUGCAGUGAAGGAGCACCGAUGGUACAACUGUUAAACACUUGGCUGCUAACUGAAACGUUGGUGGUUAGCACCCCACUCAGGGGCUCCGUGGGAAAAAGGCCUGACAAUCUGCGUCUGUAAAGAUUACAGCCUAGAAAGCCUUAUGGGGGAGUUCUAUUCUGUCCCAUGAGGUCGCUGUGAGUCAAAAAUCAACUCAACAGCACCUACCAACAGCACUCUAUGCAGUACAUGUCCAAGCCUCUGAGGGCAACCUCUUGGCUCUUAGGGUCACUGUUCUCAGCACAGCCAGGGAGUCUGCUACUGCCAAAGUUAAGCCAGCUCGGCCGCCAUCUGCUCAGUAGGCCAGUUUUCCUACUGCUGCCCUGACUGCUCUCUCUGCCGCUGGAUCCCUACUGGACAUUUGCUGCCAGCUCUGCCCUGGGCCCCUUCUAGGCUUCUCUGCCACUGGCUCUGGCAUUGUUUCCUCUCAGUCUUUAGUGUUAUCAGCUCAGUGUUACAGCCCUUUACCCAUAUUAUAACUCUUUUGAGGGGGUGUCUAGGAGAUUCUCAGCUAAAAGACCCCAGGCCCAAAGGACACAGUCUUCUCUAGACUCUUGUUGAACAGGAUGCCCCCCACAAACUUCCAUGAGACUGCUUACUUCUAUAGACAAACUGCUUGUUAAUUUCAAGGUGUGGCUUUCCAUAAGCCUACUGUGAUGGUUAAGAUUAUGUGUCAACAUGGCUGGGCCAUGAUUCUCAGUGUUUUGGCAGUCAUAUAAUGUGAGCACUUCCCUGUUGAGAGCUAAUAUGUGAUCAUCCCAAGGAUGGCAUCUGCUGUGAGUAGCCAAUCAUUUGAGGGGGAAUUUCCUUGGCAGUGUUGCCUGCAUCGAGUGUGGCCGGGCGUUCAGGUAGGGGCUCUCGGGCUCAUUCUGGAUCCUGAAGCUGGCUUCUGUUGGUCUGACCUCUGGUUCUUGGGACUUGAGCUAGCAGCUUACCUGCAGUCUUGCCUGCCAUUAUUGGGAUUCAACGAUCUUCACAGACUGUGAGCAACAACCCUGCUCUCUGGCCUGCCGAUCUUGGGUUUACCAGGCCCUGUGGCUAUGUGAAUCAGGAGAAGCCUUUUUCCUGCCCUACGGACUUGGGUCGUUACAGCUUCUACACCCUCAUGUGGUGUUUCCUUGGUAUAAGUCUCUCUCUGUAUAUAUGGGUUUUCUGUAUAUAUAGAGAACCCAACCUAAGACACCUAUGCAUCCAGCCAGUCCUAUUGAAUGGAUUGCAAGCUGCUUAUGCAGCCAGGAAAACAGCCAAUACAUGGAAGCCACUUAUGUGGUUAGCAAACAGAGCAAUCACUGCAAGGCACAAAGAGAAUAAUCAUUUGGCAGACUGUGGCCCAAAAAUCAUUUUGAGAGGAUUACAAACCCAAGGCCAGAAAGGCCAUUUAAAGAAACCUGUUGCACUGAAACAUAGAAAUUAAAGUGUUAAGAUUAGAAACUGUUAAGUGCUAUGGGAAGAUGACUCAGAGUGUGGGUAUGUUGGGAGAGGAAAGAUGGCUAUUGUAACUCAGGUGGUCAGCAUGGGCUUCAUUGAGAGGGUGACCUUUGAGGAAAGAUUUGAAGAACAUAAAGGAAUUAGCCACGAAGAUGUCUGGCAUAAUCUUUCCCCGGGAGGGGCGGGGGACAUCUAGUUCAGACACACCGGGACAGGGCUGUGUCUGUGUUCUGGGAGCAGGGAGGAGGCCAGUGUAGCUGCAGCAGAGUCAUAGAGGUGAGGUCAGAAGUGCUGCCAGAUUGUGUAGGCCCUGAGGGUAUAGGAAUGGCUCUGACUUUUACUGAGUGAGAUGGGGAGUUACAGGACAGUUUUGAGCCAAAGAGAUAUGGUGUGACUCCUCUUUUGAAAGGAUCACUGGCUUCUGUGCUGAGAAUAGAAUCAAGAGGCAAGGGGUGAGCAAGGCAGAAGGAAAUCCAAGAAAUAUGUGCUGCAUUCCAGCUAGAGAUGUUGGUUUGGUGUAAGCAAUGGAAAGAGUGGGAAGUGGUUGGACUCUGCAUAUAUUUUGAAGCUGGAUGUUACGUUUUUGUUGUUGUUGUUAGGUGCCGUCAAGUCAGUUCCGACUCAUACUGACCCUAUGCAAGACAGAACAAAACACUGCCCAGUCCUGAGCCAUCCUUACAAUCUUUAUGCUUGAGCUUAUUGUUGCAGCCACUGUGUCAAUCCACCUCAUUGAGGGUCUUCCUCUUUCCUGCUAACCCUAUACUUUGCCAAGGAUGAUGUCCUUCUUCAGAGACUGAUCCCUCCUGACAACAUGUCCAAAGUAUGUAAGACACAGGCUUGCCAUCUUAGUUCUAAGGAGCAUUCUUGUUGUACUACUUCUAAGACAGAUUUGUUCGUUCUUUUGGCAGUCCAUGGUAUAUUCAAUAUUCUUUGCCAACACCACAGUUCAAAGGCAUCAAUUCUUCUUCAGUCUUCCUUAUUCAUUGUCCAGCUUUCACAUGUAUAUUAUGCUAUUGAAAAUACCAUGGCUUGGGUCAGGCGCAUGUUAGUCUUCAGGGUGACAUCUUUGCUCUUCAACACUUUAAAGAGGUCCUUUGCAGCAGAUUUACCCAAUGCAAUAUGUCUUUUGAUUUCUUGACUACUGCUUCUACGGCUGUUGAUUGUGGAUCCAAGUAAAAUGAAAUCCUUGACAACUUCAAUCUUUUCUCCAUUCAUCGUGAUGUUACUCAUUGGUCUAGUUGUGAGGAUUUUUGUUUUCUUUAUGUUGAGGUGUGAUCCGUACUGAAGGCUGUGGUCAUUUAUCUUCAUUAGUAAGUGCUUCAAGUCCUUUUCUCUUUCAGCAAGCAAGGUUGUGUCAUCUGCAUAAUGCAGGUUGUUAGUGAGUCUUCAUCCAAUCCUGAUGUCACGCUCUUCUUCAUAUGCUCCAGCUUCUCAUAUUAUUUGCUCAGCAUAUAGACUGAAUAGCUAUGGUGAAAGAAUACAACCCUGAGUUUAAGCCACUCAGUAUCCCCUUGUUCUGUCCAAACAACUGCCUCUUGAUCUCUGUAAAUGUUUCUCAUGAGCACAAUUAAGUGUUCUGGAAUUCCCAUUCUGCUGGAUGUUAUGGGAUUUCCUAAAGGACAAAAUUUGUGGUAUAAGAGAGAGGAACCAAGGAGGACACCAACUGUUUUGGUCUGUGUAAAUAGGAAGAUGGAGCUGAUGACAGUAGAGAUGGGGAGACUCUGGGAGGAGUAUGCUUGAGAAGGGGCAUCGCAGGCAUGCAGUUUUAGAGAUGUUAUAUCUGAGAUGCCUAUUAGAAAUGUCAGUUUUUUGAGUUGUCAGCUGGAUAUACGAGUCUAGACUUUAGAGAAAAUCCUGAGCUGUAGAAAUAGAUUUGGGAAAUUAAGCAUAAUAUCAAUUAUAUUUAAAGCUUUGAGUAUGGAUGAAGUCACCAAGAGAGUGAUUAGCUACAGAAAGAAAGGAAGAAAGACUGAACCCUGGACCGUCCAUUGCUAAGCAAUCUGAUAAGCCCACACUCAAAACGCAGACUGGAGAGUUCUGGUACUGUGCCUAUAAAGCACACAGAUCAGGGAGUCUAAACUGUACUGUGCACGGGAAUCACCUGGAAAUCUCAUUAAUAUUCAAAAGGUCUGGAAUAGAGCAUGAGACUCUGUAAAAAGGCUAAUGCUGAUGCUGCCAGUCUUCAGAUUAGUCUUCUAGUAGCAAGAAUGUAGACCAGGAAUUCUCAACGUAGAUGUGUAUCAGCCUCAGCGGUUCGGUUCGUUAAGCAAGCAGUUCCUGGGUCCUGUGCCCAAUUUGGAGCCCUGGUGGCCCAGUGAUUAAAAGCUUGGCUGCUUACCAAAACGUGCACAGUUGAAAUCCACCAGCCACUCCUUGGAAACCUGCUGGGGCGGUUCUACUGUGUUCUAUAGGGUCAGAAUCAACUCGACAGCAACAGAUUUGGUUUAAUUCAUCAGUUAGUUUGGUGUGUUCUUGAAUUUAUACAGAUGGAAUCACCUGAUAUCUGCUCUUCUGUGUCUGACUUUUUUUGCUCACUUUUUUUUUUUUUUGCUGGGAUUCAUCCAUGUGUAUGUGCAUAGUAACAGUUCAUUUAUUUGCAUUUCUGUGUAGCAUUCUAUGCUUCAGUUUUUCCCUCUCUUCCUGUAACAUCUGCCAAAAGGCUUACUCAGCUUCUCAGACUCUCAGCUACCACUCAACUUGACAAGUGCUUUGAAGCAAAGACUGUCACAAAUAUUGGGCCCACACAUCUGGGAUUUCUUCUUUCUAAAUCUGGCUCCACCAAGUCUUCAUUGCCCUGGUAACUCCAGUGCCUUCAAGUGGAUGUUCUUACCUCUUGACCAGCUUUUGUAGUUGUUCUGGAGGAAGGGUUGGCCUGAAACAGUCCAGUAUGCCAUCACUGGAGUUGAAACCCUGACUAGUUUCUUAUAAGAUAGAUUUGAAAUUCCUGAAUCUCUACACUCUCAUGACUUUUGAUUUCUGAGAGGAAGGGAGGAAACAUGCAUCCAUUAACUCAUAGAUUUGAACCCUGAAAUCCAGUAGGGAAUGCAAGAUCUCAGGCCUUGAACUUUGCCAAAAUACAGCCCUUCCUUCACUUCUCACAGGCGAACAAGGCCUAGUCCAUAGAACUGCAUUUUAACUAACUGCUUAGAGCAGCCUGCUGUGAGGUGAGGGCUUCUCUGACCUGUGUUCACAAUCUAAAGACAAACACAGAUGGUAGGAACUUCCACAGCUUUAAGGAAGGAUACUGUGUUGUUGGAAGGGUGUAGGGUGUCUUCAUUUUUUAAUUGCUUCUGAUCUGGCAAUGCUAAGUAGAGGGUGGGGAGGUGUUACUUAGCCCUGGUAUGUAAUUGUGCACAUUUGCACCAGCAGAGGUUCCAUCCUCAAUGUCUCACUAAUUAUGCUGUGUCCAUGAGGCCCACCUGCAACCAGCAGAACCCUCGGUGGCACCCUGCCCUGGUCCAGCCUCACCCACGUAGUGGACUGGCAGUGCCAUGCACACCUGCUGUCUCUGGUGCAUAUGGUGCCUCAGGAGUAUGGAUGCUCAGCCAGGUCGUAGGGUGGUCAAUAGGGAAGUCCUUCCAUAGGAGCCAGAGCCCUAGCACCAGAAUGUGCAGCUGCUGCCCAGCUCGAAGCCUUGGCUUAGCCACAGCAUGUGUAGCCCUGAGGAGCCUUCCCUUCAUGUGACCCCCAAGCCCCUGGGUCAGCCACCAAAACUGAACUUUGAGGCCGGGGCUAUAGAGUUCCUAAGUUCAGGGGAUGGGUAGCAGAGAGUAGGGUCUGAGGGCAUCUAGACUUAAGAUCCUGGUGCUGGGGUCUGAAGGAGAAAGAGGAAGGAUCCCAGAAUCUGUGGGUGGGAGCUGGAGAGGGGACAGGGCCAGCCCUGGGAUACUGGGAAAUGGGUAGUCGGUCAGCUGGAAUACGUCUUACUGCUGAGAUCCUUGUGUCCAGGAUGGUGUACAGUCCCCAUGUCUUCCUCAUGGUCCUCCAGGGCCACUGAGUCUAGUACAGCAACUCUGCUUGUUGUAGGUAAUGAAGGCACAACUGAGGCCAUGACUGCAGGUUGCUUGGGGCUGAGUUCACACAUAUCUGUGAGGGGAAUUUGGGACUAGGGCUGGUCCACCUAUGGUGGCACAGACACCUGUCUCUCACUCACAUGGCCCAGUACCUGGGAACCCUCUUCAAACUCCUCUCCACAGGUGUCUCUUGUGCCAGCCCUCCGUGUCCUGCUGUCCUCCCUGGCUUCUUCCUCUCCCCUCCUCUUGGCAUUGACAAUUUUCUUCUUCUCUUUUGGGUUCUUCAGUUCUCCAGGAGUCUCCUCUCCUUUGAGAACUUAAUGGCCCCAGGGGGUACUUCCCCAGAUUCCAGGUCUGGAGACUCACUCAUUGAUUCCCGGGAGUAGGAGUCACCAUUUCCAGAAUCAGCUACAGGAAUAAGUGACAGGAACUCAGGAGUCCUAGGUCCCAUCCUAGGAGCCUGUGGGACUGGGUAUUGAGGCAAGAGGUAUAUUUGCGGGGACAGCUCCAGAACCAUGAACCAUUUCUUAGAGUCUGAAGACCUUGGUCUGCACUGAGGCCCAAAUCCAUGGUCAUUCAAUGGGAAAAGACAUCUAUGUCAAUGUGGCUUUAGGGAAACACUUCUCGCCUGAAUCUGACCCUGGAAGGGAACACCUUCUUGUGUGCAGAGCCUUGUCCUGCUACUCGGAGUCCAGGGACCCUGGGGAGGUCCGGGGUGAGAGGGUAAACAGGGAACUCUUGUCAUUGGCCCUCAGCCUGCAGUCACAUGGGGGCACCACCGGUCUGCUCUGGCAUUCAGGACGGGUCUGGCUGUGGUCUGAGUGAGGCUGGGAAGGCUGACCCUGAGGCUGGGCAUCCAUGGAGGAAUGAAGAUGCCUUCUAUGGAUCCCUGGAUUCCACAGGGGUCAGACUCGGGGGGUGGAGGAGGGGUUGGGGGAGAGGAAAGCUCAGGAGCCCCUGUGCCAUGUCUGAGGGGUUUCAGGGAGGAGAUGGAACCUCAGAAAUGGCACAAGGGGAGGGAAUGAUUGCAUAUGGGGUCCCAAGUUUUUAUUUACAGUGAUGGAAAAAUCACAUUGAUUAAGGAUAGAGAUGCACAGCUGAUUAAGUAUUUGCUGUCCGCAUGUACAUCUGUAAAAAGUUUAAUUGGCAAAUAGUUGUGUGAUUGAUUUGUUUACAACAAUGUACAUAUAAGCAGCUGCUGAGUCUGCUUAUGUUCCAACAAACACUUCAUGGGAUUUGGUUCCUUCGUUUGAUGGUUUAGGGUUACGGCUUCAUGGGACAUCCCAGUUAAUUGGCUGAAUAUCAAGCUAGUGUUUUGGUCCUACCUCCUAGUUCAAUGAAUAUUCCCUGGGGUCUUAAAAGCUUACAAGUGGCCAUUCAGGGUAGAACAAUUGGUAUGGACUCACCUGCAGCAACAGAGCAAGAAGGAGGGUCAGGAAUAGGAGGAGAAAAUGGAAUGUGAGGCUAAUUGCCUCCACAAACAACUGCCUCCUUUGCUAUGAGACCAGAAAAACUGGAUGGUGCCAGCCAGCUACCAUUACUGAACGUUUUGAUCAAAGAUGCUGUAGAAGAAUCCUAAUCAAAAGGGAGAAAAAAAGCAGAACAAAAUUUCAAAUCCUUAUGAAAUCCAGGGCUAGAUGAACCCCUGGAACUAUUGCCAUGAGGUUACCUUUAAAACUUUAACCAAAAAAUAUCCCCUGAAGUAUUCUUAAAACCAAACAUAGCUUAACUCGUAAAGAAUGCCUGCCUUGAGCAUUGUUGUCUUUUAAGAACAAUCUAUAUGGGAUCAACUUGACAACAGCAACUCAUAAGAUUAGAUAGGAAACUUAGGGGGCAGUGAGUUUAUGUUAAUGGGGGAGGAGCAAUUCAGAAAAGGAAGAUGAAAAUGGUGGUAUAACCUGAAGAACGUAAUCAGUGUCAUUGAAUUGUGCGUGUAGAAAUUAUUGAAUUGGUGUCUGUUCUGCUGUGUGUAUUCUCAAAAACAAAAAUGAAACUAAAUUGUUUAAAAACAUAAUCGAGUAUUUAAACAAAAGUGAUAACUGUACUGUGUGGGAUUUCUAACGUAUGUAAAAGUAAAAUGCACGACAAUAGCACAAAAGCCAGGAGGGAAGAGAUGGAAGUACACUAUUAUCAGGUUCUUACAUUAUCUUUAAGCGGAAUAAUAUCACUUGAAGGUAGGCUGUGAAAAGUCAGAAGUGCACAAUAUAAAGUGUAAAGGAACCAAUAAAAGAGCAAAACAAAGAGCCAUAGUUAAUAAGCCAACGAAAGAGAUAAAAUGCAAUAUAAGAAUACAAUUAUAAAUAAAGGCAGAUAAAGAGGAAUGAGGAAACAAAAAACAUAUGUGAUGACGAAAAAGCAAAUAGCAAGAUGAUGGACAUAAAUCUAAUAAUAUCAAUAAUUACAUUAAAUGUAGAUCAUCUAAACAGAAAAAAGGCAGAGAUCAUCAGGUUGGAUAAAAAGUAAGAUGGAUCUCUAUGUGCCUUAAAUAACGUCUUUAUAUAUAAAGAACCAAUAGUUUAAAAGUAAGAAGAUAGACAUAGACAUAUACUAACACUAAUAAUAAUACUGUUAAUAUUAUAAUAAUCAAUAUCUUUAAUAUUAUGCAUUAAUAUCGAGUGACUAGAUGAGUAUCAGGCACAGUAGGUUUAAAAAGAAAGACUUUUAGCAAGGAUAAUGAACAUCAUUUGAUAAUGAUUAUAGGGUUGGUUCAUAAAGAGGACAUAAAAAUCCUUAAUGUUAUGCAUAUAAUAACAGAGUUUCAAAAUAUAUGAAGCAAAACCUGAUGGAACUGCAAAAAGGCAUAGGUAAACUCCCCAUUAUAGUUGGAGAUUUGAAUAUCUCAAUCUCCGUAAUUGUUAGAAUAAGUAGACAGAAAACUACUAAGGAUACACAAGACUUGAACAACUCUAUCAAUGAACUUUACCUAACUGACAUUUAUUAUAACCCCCACUAAAAUAUAACAAAUUAAUCCCUGAAAUCCUAGGAGAAUAUGCAUUCUUUUCAAGCACACAGGAAUUUUUCAAGGUCAAUCAUAUUCUGGGCCAUAAAGCAAGUCCCAGUAUAUUUAAAAGAAUUCAAGUCAUAUAAAGUAUGUUAUUUAGGCACAAUGGAAUUAAAUUUGAAAUUACGAACAGUAGGAUCUCUAGACAUUCCUCAAUUUUUUUUGGAAAUGAAUUCAUACACUUCUAAGUAAUCCAUUGAUCAAAGAAGAAAUAAAAGGAAAAUAAGAAUGUAUUUCGAAAUGAAUGAAAAUUAAAACACAAUAUAUCAAAUUUUUGCAUAUCUUCUAAAGCAAAAUGUAGGGGGUAUUUAUAUCAUUAUAUUUCCUUAUUAAAAAAGAAGAAAGGUGAUAUUGGGAAUUCCUAUGGGUAGUUCACAGUAAAGGAAAAAAUUGAGCUUAGUUCACAGAAGAAUCAGCUCAGUAUGUUGGUGUGAGCCAAAUGUAUAGUACUACUGCACUAGAGACCCACUCAGGGAUGACUCAGAGAGAGUGGUGAGAGGCAAUUCUCUCAAUGAGCAGAACUUCAAGGGGUUUACUUAAUCAUCCACACCGUGUAAAGAGAAAAGUGAUGUGAAGUAAAGAUAUGCAUGGACUCAUGAACAAUGGA